UAAGGUAGAACUACAAAAAAAAAAAUACUGAGUCGUAAAAUUGACACUGACAUUAUUAUUGAAGUUCUGACGUGUUCCUUUGGAAGGUUCUAACAUAUUUUGUUAACUGUUUGGUACACAGGAUUGUGGGCCAUAAAACAUAAAAAUGAUAACAGACAUUCAACUGGCAGUGUUCUCAAAUAUUCUAGGAGUUUCAAUAUUCCUUUUAGUUAUCCUGUACCAUUAUAUCAAUGCCAACAGUUCCAAAUGAUUCUGAUGACGGUGCGCGGAGCCGGCGGCCACAUGAAUAAUGUUCAUAAUUAAUUAUUCCAAACACAAUUGUUAUAAGAUGUCUUUUAAUAAUAUGUAAUUAUAACA